AGAACCGAUUCCCUGUCGGAAAUGAACCACAACACCAAGUUCGUCUUGUAGUUCAAUUGCAGGACAGAAACAGAGCGCAUCAAAAGCAGCGUUAUGUCAUUAAAAGGGCCAAAAGUCGUUUAUUUGGACAGAUAGACACUUUCGUAUCGCAGAUGCUUACGAUUUAAGGUGACAGCCAGGGACGGUCGUCAAAUUCCUGUCCCGUCUGAUGAAGUGAACGAGCGCUGGACUGAAGGAGGCCAAGCAGCAAAACCAAAGUUGAUUAAGUGUUGUGUAUCAGGAGUAUCAUGUCUCUGGAGGAGUAUGAGAGGCAUUACGCCUCUUUAAACUCAGAUGCAGGUGAAUCAGUGAGCAGCAGAUCGUCAACAUCAACUUUCACUGGAGAAGAAGAGAGAUUACAUUACAUUCCCAUUCGCGUGCUGGGGAAAGGAGCUUUUGGAGAAGCGACUCUCUACAGACGCACUGAGGAUAAUUCUCUGGUGGUGUGGAAGGAGAUCGACUUGAACUGUCUCUCAGACAAGAAGCGUAAAGAUGUCAUGAAUGAGAUCAGCAUCCUCUCCAUCCUUCAUCAUAACAACAUCAUCGCCUACUUUAACCAUUUCAUGGACAAAAACACGCUGUUGAUUGAGCUGGAAUACUGUAACGGUGGAAAUCUGUAUGACAAAAUCAACCAGCAGAAAGGACAACUCUUUGAAGAGAAGGUUGUUGUAUGGUACUUAUAUCAGAUCGCUGCUGCGGUUGCUCACAUUCAUAAAGCAGGGAUCCUACACAGGGACAUUAAAACCUUAAAUAUCUUCCUCACCAAAACCAAUCUGAUAAAGCUGGGAGAUUAUGGGCUGGCUAAGAAGCUGGACUCUCAGUUUUCAAUGGCUGAAACGUGUGUCGGUACCCCGUACUACAUGUCUCCUGAACUUUGUCAAGGAGUGAAAUAUAACUUCAAGUCUGAUAUCUGGGCAAUGGGAUGUGUUUUAUUUGAACUUCUGGCUCUCACCAGGACCUUUGAUGCUACGAAUCCUCUUAACCUGUGUGUGAAGAUCGUCCAGGGCAACUGGACCAUGGAGAUCAAUUCAGAUGUUUAUUCGUCUGAUCUCAUCAAGCUGGUGUACGAGUGUUUAGAUCAGGAUCCUGAGAAGAGGCCGACCGCGGAGCAGAUAUUAGAGCAGCCCAUCAUCUCCUCCGUCAGACCAGAGCUGGAGGAGAGAGUAGCAGCUCUGAAUUCAGCCAUCAAGAAACCCAAGUUGAACUCAGUGACAGAGACUUCGGUUGCCGUGGUGACCACUCGUUCGAGGGAGGCGUAUUUUUGGGGUGGAGGGAAGUUUACCCCGCAGAAGCUCGACAUGUUUAAGGGUGGCAACAGCGCGCAGCACGUGUGUGCCGGAGAAACACAUUUUGCUGUUGUUACUGUAGAGAAAGAGCUGUACACGUGGGCUAGCGUUCAGGGAGGAGCAAAGAUGGUGGGUCAGUUGGGUCACGGGGACCAGGCCUCGUACCGACAGCCGAAGAAAGUGGAGCGUCUACAGGGUAAAGCCAUCAGACAGGUGGCCUGUGGGGCCGAUUUCACCGCCUGUGUCACUGAUGAGGAUCAGAUGUACAUGUUCGGAUCAGACUAUUACGGCUGCAUCGGUGUGGAGAACGAGUUGGGUAUGGAGGUUCUGGAGCCGGUUCUUCUGACGUUCUUCGAGGAGCGGCCGGUGAAGCAGGUCUCCUGUGGAGAUAAUCAUGUGGUGGUCUUGACUCAUAGCGGAGACAUUUACUCUUGGGGUUGUGGAGAACACGGUCGACUCGGUUUGGAUUGUGAGGAUGAUUUCUCUUCUCCAAUGCAAGUGACAGGUCCUGUAGGAGCCAUCAUUGACUGUGUUUACUGUGGAGCAGAUGGGACGUUCUUCAUCACAGAGGCGGGGAAAGUUUUAGCAUGUGGUAAUAAUGAAAUGAACAAACUGGGUCUCAAUCAGGGCAUCACAGGAAUCAAAAACCAUCCAGGCGAGGGUUAUCAGGGCGUACCAUACACCACAACACUCACGCUGGUCAAACUGCUCUCUCGCUUUAAGAUCCAGUUCAUCUCGGCUGGAAAGACCCACACCGCCGCUAUUGAUGACCGAGGUCGUGUGAUGACUUUUGGCUGUAAUAAAUUCGGACAGCUGGGCGUGAAGGACUUUAAGAAACAUAAGGGUGUGCAGCUCCUCGUAGGAGCCUUCGGUGGAAAAAAUGUCACAAAGGUUUCUUGCGGUGACGGUUUCACUAUCGCCGCCACCGAGGAUAAUCAGAUUUUUGCCUGGGGUAAUGCAGGGAACGGUCGUCUGGGUAUGCCUCCUGAUAAAGGUUUCGGUUCGGAGGUCUGUCCAGCUCUUCCUCGUCCAAUCUUUGGGUCUUUACAUCAUGUGCCUGAUCUCUCGUGCAGGGGCUGGCACACGAUUAUCAUCAUGGAAAAAGUUCUAAACUCUAAAACGUUUCGUUCAAACAGCAGUGGACUGUCUAUUGCAAGCGGUCAGUCCUCGACCUCAUCUUUAGGUCUGGAGACGGACUCGGCGACAGACUCUGAGCUGCGUGAAGGGAUGCUGGGAGGAACCGUGGAGGCCGAUAUGGACGACAGAGGUCUGCAGACUCCCAUCUUCUCCAUGGACAGUAAGACCAACGAGAGCUCCUGCCCCUCGUGGCUACGAAAGGAGAUGCAAGAUGCUGAAUUUAUCCCGAUGCCGGUCGAUUCCAGCGACUCCAUCAAUCCGCUGACGUCCUCGUACACAGAGAGCGCAACGCUUCCCUACGAGGAACUCGACCAACUGAAAGCAGCGGCUGCGGCCGCCGGAGGGAAGAAUCUUCUGUCGACAGCGUGUGCGGAUGAUGAUCGGGUGAACGGGGUGGAGUCGGGACACUCGGGGCAGAGUUGCUGUGGGGCGAGUGUAGAGCUGGCACAACUCAGAGAAACCGUAAACCGUCAGGACGCACAGAUUCAGCUUUUACAGAAGCAGUACACCGAUCAGCUGAAAGAGAACGAGAGACUUUGGAAAGCCAUCCAGAACCUCCGAGCUUCUGCUGAACAUCAGGAGAACAUCAAUCACAAUCAUUGUGGACAUGAAGAAGAGUAAAAGAUCAACGAUAUCUUCAGCUCUCUGUAGUCACACAGAAUGGCGUUACAGAAAAGCAGAUCAGAAUUCAGUGUAUAUGUUUGUAUGAUCAGCAGUAGAUUGGAGUGGGACUGAUCUCUGAAUCCAGUGAGAGAAACUCUUAUAGCCAAACAAGACGUGUCCGUCGCCAAAAUCACUCUGUGCCUUUUAAUAUCAACCAAAGACUGUUAAGUUUCAUGCUGCUAACGUUAAGCCAAAGUGUUGCUGGUAUCCUUUAGUGUCGUAUUAUCAUGAUGUACAGCACGUUUAAGCUCAGUCUGUUGAGAUGUACAGGACGUCGGCUGAGAUGAGCGUUUCAGCUGGAGACAAUACAGAUUUAAUAUGAAAAUCUCCAGCAUAAAUGAGGUCAAAGUGUCAUAACAGAUCAUAAAUCUUCUGCAGGAUUGAUCAGAAUGUCCCUGUCAACAGCUCAUUUAUUCAUCUUUAAAUAUUAAAACAUAUUUUUAAAUGUUGAAGCUGAAAUUGACUAAAGUCUGUCUAUAUUUAUCUUGAGCAUCAGUAUUAAUGACAUGUUUACAGUGUUUUUUUCACAGGUUCGAUCUGUAAACUGCUUUAAUGCGACGGCUGUAUUGUAGUCAAAGGGUUUUUAAGCAAACAUCAUGUAGGUGUGAUCUCUCUGAUGGUGUUUUACUAUAGUACAGCAGUACUGUUCUUCAUAAACACAUCUCACGUCGUGUAACCUAAAGAACAGACAGUCAUACAUUACAAUCAUGAUGAUGUGUUUAAACUACUGAUUUUCUCCAUUAUUCUCUUUCUUUUAAACAGAUGACCAUCAAACUGUCAUCUUCUGUAUGUUUAUUGCCAGCAGCAUAUUUCACCAUACUACAUCCAAAGAUAUUAGAUUAUAAUUUGCAUGUUUUUAAAGUGAAAACAUGUGUGUGUUUACGGUUUACACUAAGUUUUAUUUGAGGUUUUAGGCUUUUUUUACAAAUAUAAUAAUGAGAUUGGCUCUUAAAAUGAGAUUAUGCUUUAUACACAUAUAUCAGACUAAUGUUGAUAUUUUUUAAAUAAAAAUGUCAGAUUGUGGGCAAAAGAUCACA